UGAAGAAACACAGCAGUCCUGACCAUGUGAGUCAGCUCUGAAAACUGCCCCACUAUUGCGAGGGACACAGCAGGAUUCCAGCCAAGACUUCCCUGCAGUUUUCUGCCAAAGUCUGUGUCCGAUUUACGACACAUGCUCCUGCGCGCUUCCUUGAAGAUUGUGAAAAAGUUUUAAUCCAUAGUUAGAUUCCAGCCUGCUGGAGCUCCAAGUGUCGGUCACCUCCUUUUAUAAAGCAGCCACAACCUAGGGCAUAGUGGGGAUUUUUUUCUUUCAACUUUCUGGACAUGAAAUGACUGUAGAGUAUUUUCUAGCUUAAAGUGGAAGACAUGGCCACCUCCUGAUUAUUUUUGCAGCAGGAAUCUUUACAAUUUUUUUUUGUCUUUCUCUCAUACUAAGAUUGUGUGUGGCAGGGGGUGUCCCUUGACUAACUCAAGUCAUUUCAUUGGAUUUUGAUUACAACUGAUCAUGUGAUUUUUCCUUGUAAAGUUGUGGGGUUUCGAACUUUGCUUCUGGAGAAUGUCUUGCAGCACUUUUUAGUAGCUGCCUGGUAUCAACUGCUUAGUCAUCAGUGGACAUUUAAAAUAUUCAAAAUGUAUAGAGAGUGGGCAGUGGUGAAUAUUCUCAUGAUGUCCUACGUGUACCUGGUGCAGGGCUUCAAUAGUGAACAUGGACCAGUGAAGGAUUUGUCUUUCGAGCGAUCAUCCCAGUCAAUGUUGGAACGAUCUGAACAACAGAUCAGAGCUGCUUCUAGUUUGGAGGAGCUGCUGCGUGUCGCACACUCUGAAGAUUGGAAGCGGUGGAGAUGCCGGCUGAAGCUCCAAAGUCUGGCCAGUCUGGACUCGCGCUCGACCUCCCACCGCUCCACCAGAUUUGCAGCAACUUUCUACGAUACGGAAACGCUAAAAGUUAUAGAUGAGGAAUGGCAGAGAACCCAGUGCAGUCCUAGAGAGACUUGUGUAGAAGUCGCCAGUGAGCUGGGAAAGACAACCAACACGUUCUUCAAGCCCCCCUGUGUGAACGUGUUCCGGUGUGGAGGCUGCUGCAAUGAAGAGAGUGUGAUGUGUAUGAACACAAGCACCUCCUACAUCUCCAAACAGCUCUUUGAGAUAUCAGUGCCUCUGACAUCAGUGCCUGAGUUAGUGCCUGUUAAAAUUGCCAACCAUACAGGCUGUAAGUGCUUGCCCACGGGGCCCCGUCAUCCCUACUCAAUUAUCAGAAGAUCCAUUCAGAUCCCAGAAGAAGAUCAAUGUUCUCAUUCCAAGAAACUCUGUCCUAUUGACAUGCUGUGGGAUAACACCAAAUGUGAAUGUGUUUUACAAGAUGAAAAUCCACUCCCUGGAACAGCAGACCUCUCUUACCUCCAGGAACCAGUUCUCUGUGGACCACACAUGAAGUUUGAUGAAGAUCGUUGUGAGUGUGUCUGCAAAACAUCAUGUGCUGGUGAUCUCAUUCAGCACCCAGAAAACUGCAGUUGCUUUGAAUGCAAAGAAAGUCUGGAGAGCUGCUGCCAAAAGCACAAGAUUUUUCACCCGGAAACCUGCAGGAUUUCAUGAAUUACAGACCUGCACCACCAUGCCUGCUAUUAUGCUAUCAUAAGCAAAAAAAAGAAGUCACUGACAUUUAAGCAACCAGGUUAAGAGAGGUUCAGAUCAGCAGACUAAUUCUCUCUCUCUCUCUCUCUCUCUCUCUCUCUCUCUCUCUCUCUCUCUCUCUCUCUCUCUGUGUGUGUGUGUGUGUGUGUGUGUGUGUGUGUGUGUGUGUGUGUGUGUGUUUUCUUGAUGAAGAGGUAGCACUAGAUUCGUGUAGGCAAGAAACUUAUGGAUGACUAUAAUUCUUAGAGGUCGUUGAUUGGGCUUUGAUCAAUUUCAAAAUCUACCCAAACUAACCACGGAGAUUUUUUUUAAAUAAUUAAAUUUGUUCUUUGAAAAUUUCAUGCACAUAUAAAUAUAAAAUGCAUUCUAAUUACUUUUACGCCUACAUUCUUUGAACCCCAGCACACUCUUAUCAACUCAUUUCCUCCCUGCAAGUCCCUUUCCUACACCCAGGUCUUUAUGUUUUGUUUUGUGACCCAUUAAGGGCAGUUGGGGCCAUCUGUGUGACCACAGGUUUGGAACUCUCUGUCAGAGCUCAUUCCGCUCACCCACCAGUAGAUCCACAACUGAAGACGGUGACUCCCCGUCUCCCAGACUCUAUCAGUAGCCAGCCCACAGUUCAUUACAGAGGGGUAGGGCCCCAAGAGCCCCUCACAAAUGCGCAAGUAGCUAUUGAGAAGUUUCAUCUUGUGUAGGGCUAGGGCAGAUUCUUGCUGCUGCUAUGAGGUCCUGAUUGCAAAGGCUGUGACAUGCCUAGAGGAUGGUAUUUCCUAGUCCUUCUCUCUGUCUUGUGAUGCUGACAUUUUCCCAACCCCUCUUCUGUUACGUGCCUCGAGCUUUAGAGGAGGCAGCAUCAACAUCUUGGAUAAGGCUGAGCCCUCAGCCGGUUGAGUGCCCAUUUAAAAUAUUACAUUGACACUUUAAAUACAUGUCUGGAAAUUCUCCUUUGAAAGCAGAAUCAAAUGAAAUCAGAACUGAAUGCUUUAUCUGAAGUUGAUCCUUGCCUCUAAAGUCUCGUCUUCACUUUCCUUUCUACAGCUGUGAGGACAGAUGUCCUUUUCAUACCAGAACAUGUGCAAAUAGAAAGCCAGCCUGUGGAAAGCACUGGCGCUUUCCAAAGGAGAGAAGGGCCCAGGGACUCCACAGUCAGGAGAAUCCUUGAUUCAGCUUUCUGCCAAGUUCCCCACCCCUGUCACUGUAAAGAGCAUGCUGCUUUGGCUAGUUGCUCUCACUGGUGCCCACCCCCAGGUGUUAGAGAAAUCGAUUUUCUCUAGUGCCAUGGUGAAUCCACAUUUCCAUGCAGUAGCUGCUGGGUGAUUCUCUGGGUCACUGACAGAUUACUUCUAGCUUCAGAUGCCUCUGCACACCAGUGCUCAGAGAGGAAGGGGUCUGGGGGAGCCCAUUGUUUUGAUGAAUGAGCAAGGGUUGCUUGCCAUCGACUAGCAGGUGCCAUGUGAUUCAUCACUUAGACUGGCAAAGUCCGAGUGCAAUGCUUAUGAAUUAUUCUGGUUCUUUCUUAUGUGGAAUUUCAUUUGUAUGAUCAGCACUGAUGUAAUUCCUGUUCAGCUUGUACUUUUCAAGUUUCCUGAACCACUGCCUGAUGUUUCAUAUUUAAAUGUAUUUAAAGGAAAUAAACAUCAUUAUUCAAACCAUAGAA